AUGAAUUGAUCAAAAGAUUGAUUGGAGAUUCCAUAGACAUCAACAAUGGGUACACCAUGAAAAUUAAGUUAAUAAGGGAGUUUUGAAAUCGGUAGCAAAAAUUCGAGGUAGAAUUACAAAGACACUGACGUUAAGUAGGGAGCUUUUGAGCGCUCGUCAUUCAUAUGCAGCAUGUGGUCUCCAAGGGUACAAAAACUCCUAAGUUCACGUCAAUUUUUUUCGAUAUAUUGUUAGAAUUUCCCAUGGUUCUGACGUUGCUAUUUACACUGAAUUUUGCACGAAGCAUUUAACUUUAUUGAAUACAUAUCCAGGAAUUGACUACAGUUUUUUUAACUGAUUAAUAUGAAAAUUUCUAGAAACUACGGUGGAAAUUCCUCAACAUGUUCUCGAUUAUGGAUGGAGCACUCUGGGAAAUGAAGAGUUAAAAUGUCAAUGAUAAAAUUCUACGUAUAUAUGGUAUUCUUGAUUGCAACAUUCAAUAGCACUUUCGCAAGUGGAUCAAAAUGUCCGAAACCAGAACUUAUAGCACCAUGCCGAUGUUUGAUGAAAAGAGAAGAACGGCAAGUUUGGUGCUCUCACAGCGAUUUACCAAAAGUACUAUCUGGUCUCCGAUCACUUAGCAAACAUCUUUCUUCACCAAUAGACGAACUGAUCUUGGAAAACAAUUAUCUACCUUCUCUACCAGCACGAACAUUCUCCAACCUGAAAAUUCUUCGAAUAAUGCUGCGACAAAAUGGGUUAGAACGUGUGGCCCAAGAUUGGCUUCAUGGUCUCGAAGACGUCCUCAUGGAACUAUUCAUCGUUGAACCCAAACUUCGGUAUCUUCCAGAAGAUUCCCUGAGUCGAAUGAACGCUCUAGAAGCCAUCACAAUACAAACCAAGGACUUGAAGAGACUACCACAGAUUUCAUCGUUAGCAAAACUAAGGUACCUCCAGGUGGAAUCGUUAGCUCUGGUUGAACUAUCUCCUAGAAACUUCAAGAACUUACCAGCCUUAGAGAAGUUCCAUUUGGGUAGAAGUAAAAAUUUGAAAAGACUUGAAGCAGGACUUUUCGAAAACCUUCCAGUUCUAAAAUCCAUCAACAUGUCCAAUUGUGGUAUUUUUUGGAUCCACCCUAGAACGUUCUCGAACCUUCCAGAGUUGAAAGAAUUGUCUUUUAUGCACAACAGUAUACGUGAUGCUGGUAUGGUUGGUAGGGCAUGUAAAGAUCUUGAUUCCCUUAAGGAAUUAGAUCUAGAUUAUAACAGGAUAGAAGAUCUACCCAAGGGGUCUUUCGUGGAUUUACCAACACUUCGACAUCUGCGUAUAUCCUUCAACAAUAUAUUGGAAAUCAAGCAAGGCGCUUUCCAUAGAGUACCAAGGCUGAAAGAUCUCUACUUGAACAACAACAGAAUCAGAAAAAUCCACCCUGAAAGUUUCAUACACUCCUCUGAUAGUGGUUUGGAAGAGUUGUGGUUAGUCAACAACCAUAUAUCACAAAUCUCUGAACUCAGAUCUCUGCUAGAAGCUCUUCCUAGAUUGGUGUACUUGGAUAUGAGUUCCAAUGAGUUAGAAGUCAUACCAUUUGGUUCCCUACAUGGUCAUCCUACCUUGGAAGUGAUCAAGUUGAACAGCAACAAAAUACGAAGAAUUGAUAAAGAAUCCUUUAUGGCUAUGCCAGCUUUAAGGGAAUUGAGCCUGAGAAAUAACUCUUUGUCUAACUACGAUCAAGGACCCUUAUGGAAUCUACCAUUCUUAAAAGGUCUAGACUUAUCACAAAAUAACUUCAGGAAAUUGGAUCCCCUCUUCCUGGCUAACCUACCAUCUCUACGAAGACUAGAUGUUAGUGACAAUGAGUUGGUCAUUAUUGAUCCAGUUGCAUUAUCUCUGACUCCUUUGAUAGAGUACGUGAAUAUUUCUGAUAACAAUUUGAGGUUCAUCCAUCCUGCAACUUUUAAACGUUUGGAGAAAUUGUACGAAUUAGAUGUAAGCAAAAAUUACAUAGAAGACUUCCCAGUCGAGCUUCCAGAAGGUCUAGAAUACCUUCAUUUGAAUUUCAACAAACUCAGGACUCUUCCCUCCCUAACCGGAAGUACCAAGUUGUAUUCAUUGAAACACCUGGACCUGUCCUACAAUCUUAUAGGAAAAAUGACCACUUUGAACAUGAAGAAGUUACCUUCGUUGAAAAAGCUCUACCUGUCCAACAAUUUCGUUCAACGUUUGGAAGAUGGUGUUUUGGAGGGUCUACCAAAACUGGAAAUAUUCGAUUUGAGUGCUAAUAAAAUCGUCUACAUCCAUCCAGCAUCUUUGAGGAACUUGCACAGUUUGGUAGAACUCAAUUUGAGAAAUAAUUACAUAGAAAGUAUUUUUGUUGGAACGUUGCAAGGUGCGUCAAAAUUAGUUAAACUUGACGUUAGUGGGAAUAAGUUGGUUGAAUUCUUGCAAGGAAAUAUGAAGUUCAAUCUGGAUAUAAAGCAUUUGAACAUUUCCCGGAAUUUUCUCAUAGAAAUGCCUAGGAACAUAUUCAAAAUGAAACAAAUGAUGGUGCUAGAUAUGAGUCGUAACAGGAUAAAGAAUCUUCCAGUUGAAGCAUUCUCAAAGCUGGAACAUCUCACCGACUUGAGACUAUCUAACAACUUCAUAAGAGAACUUCGACUUAGUACCUUUUCCAGACUCAAAAAUUUGAGAAUUCUGUAUUUGGAUCACAACGACAUCGAUGAGGUCGAAACCAACACCUUCCAGUCUUUACCAAGCUUAGAGAUGAUAAAAUUGGACAAUAACAAAUUAUCGAAAAUACCAAGUUACACUUUAAACAAUCUUACCAUGCUUCAAGUUGCUGAGUUUCAAAGUAAUAACUUAGAAAUUUUAGCCAGUGAUGCCUUCAACUUAGUUCCUAAUCUUUUGUUCCUAAAUAUAAGUAGAAAUAAUUUGAGAAGUAUUGAAGACAGUGGAUUGAGAAAUGUACCAUCUUUGGAAGUGUUAGAUUUGAGUAGUAAUCUCAUCAGAAGGAUAGAACCUGGAAGUUUCAGACUUAUGGAGUGGUUGGUAGAAAUAAAAUUGGAUCAUAAUGAAAUCUGUGGAGUUUUUGGAACUCCUUUCAGUGAUAUGCCAAGGCUGAGGGUUAUUUCUUUGAGAGGGAAUAAGUUGAGAAAGGUUCCUGAAACUAUUUUGGAUAGAAUAAGGACGAAUAUUGCAGUUUUCGAUGUUGAUGAGAAUCCUCUGCUUUGUGACUGCAAUGCUCUUUGGUUACAAGUUUGGGCCGAAGAGUCUAUGUCAAUUGGUCCUCAUUGUGGUAAUGGCAAGAUGGUUCGAGAAUUGAAAAUACCACCAUCUUACUGUAAACAGAAACCAAUGAAAGAUUCACCUACCGAUUGUGAUGACAAUCCAAAUGGAUUUUCACAAGUUUUUUCUAAAUAUUCUGAGCUUCGAAAUGGCUCCAGCGAAGAUAAGACGAAUAUUCUGGCUCCUCUGCCACAGGAAUCAGACUAUUUCUACGAUCAAUAUGUAGACUAUCCCUUUAAUGAAUCUUUGUCUUUAAAUGCUAAUGAUGAGGAAGGCAUUUUAGAUAGAUUUCUUAAAGUGAAUCAUAGUUCCCUCAUGGAACCUCCACUAUCUUCACAUGUUAUUUCUGGUGACACUCCUACACUGUAUGCUGCUCCAUCUAAUAACAAAAUCAAGCCCGAUAUACCAAAAGAAGUACCCCAUUCUCCAAGUAGCAGUGGUUUCACUUUCUUCGGAGUACCUCUCUCUGGAUUGAACUUAAGCCAAUUUUUGGGUGGCAACAAAAAGAACCUAGCUAAAUCUGCUUCCAACGCAAAAUCAGUGAUGCCAAUAGCUGACAGAAAGAUGGCAAUCAUGAACAUUCCUGUAGUCAGGGGUACCACCGCACGAAAUAUUUAUAGAGAACCUCCAAGUACCCCAUUCAUAGAAACAGGAGGAUUCAGACCUAUACUACCUGGAGAGGGUGGCUUUUUACCUAUGGUAGAAACCACUAUUAGUGUUGAAACUUCAACUGAACUACCAAGGUCGACUCUGAAACCGAUAUUUACCUUCUACGAAGCUGAUUUGAACCAGAAAACUCCUGAGGAUUCUUCGACUUCUGCUUCCUCACCUAUCCUGCAGUACUCUGAAGAUGCAACAGUAAAAUCGGUUUAUUCUUCUACUGAGCGUUUCUACCUAGAGAGUACAACUCAUUCUUCAACUGAAGUACUUCAAGAAUCUGUAACAGUGAUACCGACAUCGACAGAUGCUAUGGAAACAAGUACAGAGAUACAUGUUGAAGAAAUAGAUGAGGUCAUUUUGAAGAAUCAGUCCUUGGAUACGAAAUAUGUAGAGGUUUCUUCUACUGCAAGUACUGAAUUUAGUUCAACUAACGUCACAUUGUUAAGAAAUGUUAGUGAAGGUACCACUCAAAGCACUGUAACGAACAAAGAUAUGAUUAUAGGAGAGGAGGUUUUGGUGGAGGAAAACUUGAAUUCGACUAAUAAGUAUAGACAUACAUCUACUCAACUUCCUACUUCUUUAAUGAACCUCAGUACUACAGAAGUACCAAAAAUAAUUCAAAUAGAUAGGGAACAUUCACCAAGUGAUGGUUGGGACAGGGUUGUUGUAAAAACUAGGAAUAAGGGAACGAUUUUGGAUAAAAUAGCAAUAGUACCAAACACAACAAAAAGACCUGAAACUGUAAUAACGAUGCCUGCUCUUAGUCAACCACAAUUGCCACACAUAAGAUCUGCAGGGAGGUCCAUAAUAACCAAGGUACAAUCACCAUUCACCACUGGUGCUUCAGCUUUGGUAAGAGAAGUAGGGCCAGACUUAAAAGAGACAGGUGAAACAGUAACUUUGGAUCCUCAAAUAACAAAGCUGGAUGGUAUAAAAGAAAGUUGGUAUUUUGCAAAUUAUAACAAGAGCAAUUCUGAACCAUAUCUUGGGGUUAAUCCUAAUGGUGGAGCUAAAAUUGGUGGUUUUUAUUAUACUUUGGUAUUUUCUUUGUUUGGAACAAUUCUUUUUGGCAUUAGGUUUCACUAAAAGUUAGGGUCAUUUGGUAUGUUUCUUAAUGAUGUUGUACAUUGGGUUUGACGAGGAGGAGUAUCUUAGUGAUGUUUGUUAUUGUAAAUUAAGUUUGUUUUAUGAGAUGUUUUAUUUCUUUAUAGUUAAUAAAUUUGUCAAUGAA